GCCUACCCUGGCCUCACCUCUGUAGAGACCCCCCUCCCCUCACAAGGAGAACAGAGCAAGUGGAAGCCCAGAGAGAGAAGUGACCUGCCCAGAGUCACAGCAAGGCUGCAAUGGCACCAGGGUUGAAACCAGCCCCCCCCCACAUCCCAACCUGCCCCCUUCUGCCUUGGGGGUGACGCCUCCAAACGCUGCUUUACCUUUCUUCCCCCCAACAUUAAAUCAUUUGGCACAGGUGGUCAGAGCACUUCUCUCUUCAGAGGUCAGGGAGGAGGGCCUCAGGAAUGCCCAUGCCCCCGUGUCUGGGCAGACAUCCCAAAGCUCUACCCAGUGCGGUUGGCUUCGUUGGGGCACAGAGUGACGGGAAAGGUGGUGACACAAGCUGAGCGUCAGGGCUGCGAGGGAGGCUGUGCAGCUCAGGGAAGCACCUGCCAUUCCACGUUUAGGUGCCACGUGCAAAUUUGGUUCUCAAGGAGCCAGAGGUGGCAGAAGGAUGCAGAACACCACAGACAGGGACCGCAGGGGUCAAGGUGGGGGUGGAAGAGGAGAUUGAGAAUGCGAUCAGGACUCCAAGCAGGAGCUUCUAGAAAAAGUGACACGUAAACCAACACCUAUAGAAGUAGAAAGUGCGGAAGAGCGGGGGCAGGAGGAGAGGCGAGCUCCCGGCUCUGGGAAAAGCAUGGCUAAGGGGUGGGGCUCCAGUGGGUUCCCUUUGGAACGAGAGGGUGCGACGCGCGCCACCCAGCGGAAUCAGGAGAUAGGGCCCGGAGGGAGCGGAGGGCCGGGCACUCCUCCCGCAGCCCCUGGCGUCUCCGCCUCCCGAAGGGGCGCGCCGUAGACCCCCUGAACGCCGACUGGAAACAUCCCGGAGCACUUCCUGCGAGGUCCCGGACACUCGCGAACGCGAAGAACGCGGGCCCGGCAAGGCUUCAACAGCCAGACACCUUGACUACCAACCCCGCAGUCGGCAAGGGCGGGGCCAGCCGCCGGGCCACGUGCAACCCCAGCUGCCCUAGGGUACCGCCAACAGCCUAGACCAUCCCGGGCAGCUCCGCCGCGCCCGCCCCUGCCCCUUCCCCCCUUCCCCUUCCCCCCUUCCCCCUUUCCCCCUUCCCCCUUCCCCUUCCCCCCCCUUCCCCCCCUCCCCUUUCCCCCCUGCCGGAAGCCCAGGCUAUCUGGUCACGCCCCUUCCGGGCCCGCCCCCAACUCGAGGAAGGGCCUCCAGCCUGGGUUGGGCCCCGCCCCGUGGGCGUGGCUGGUGCUGCUUUGGAGGCCCCACCCGCCCAUGGGGACGGGAGACUCCUCCCGCGGUCCCCUCCGGGUUUCCGAAAGACCUGGGAGUGUGAGUGCUGCCCUCUCUCCCUCGCGCGGCCCAGUGCCCUUGCUGUCCCGGCCGCGCCCCGCCGGACAUGCUGCCCGACUACCUGUCGGCGGAGGGCGAGCAGCGCUGCCGGCGACUGCUAGCGGAGGUCACAGUCCGGCUCCGCGCGCGGCCUGCGGCGGCCGCGGUAUUAGUGCCGCUGUGUUCUGUGCGCGGGGUCCCGGCGCUGCUCUACACGCUGCGGUCCAGUCGCCUGGCCGGGAGGCACAAGGGUGACGUCAGUUUCCCAGGUGGCAAGUGUGACCCCACUGACCGGGACGUAGUGCACACGGCCCUGAGGGAGACCCAUGAGGAGCUGGGCCUUGUUGUGCCGGAGGAGCAUGUAUGGGGUGUCCUGCAGCCUGUGUAUGACCAGCGCAAGGUCACUGUGGUGCCCGUGUUGGCUGGUGUGGGCCCACUGGAUCCCCAGAGCCUCAGGCCCAACCCUGAGGAGGUGGAUGAAGUGUUUGCUCUGCCUCUGACCCAUCUGCUGCAAGCACAGAACCAGGGCUAUACCCACUUCCGCCAGGGGGGCCACUUCCGCUACACACUGCCUGUCUUCCUGCACGGGCCGCACCGUAUCUGGGGGCUCACGGCCAUCAUCACUGAGUUCACCCUGCAGCUGCUGGCACCUGGUACCUACCAGCCCCGCCUGGCCGGCUUUAGCCUGUCCAGGCGCUGAAGGCCUGGCCCGAGCAGCCCCCACCUUUGCACUGCCAGGCCAGCCCCCUCCAGGACUAAAUAAAGAGCCUUCCCUGAC